AUGGUAUCAGGUAGAGGCGGUCCUGAUGUCUUCGGCCCCCCUGGAGGAUUGGGAGCAGGUCAAGCUUCUUCAGCCAUUCCUCAUAAGCUAGCUCUUUGGGUCUCCUCACCUCUCAGUCAUUCUUAUGGGGGAGUUAGGUUGUCUGUGUCCCUCUUAAGGUACUUCCCCAGGAGUGAUCUGAUGGCGGGGCUGGCAGGACUGUCCUUUUCUUUGGACACGAACCAGGAAUCUAUGUUCCCUUUUAAAAUAGCAGCAUAAAAAAAAAAAAAAUCAGCAUCACAGAGGUGAGGCCAUUAUCAAACACAGACCAAAGAAAUGAGACCGCAGCUAAUGAUUGAACUUAAAGGGCCUGUGCUUUCUCCACUCUCUUCCAGACCAUUUCUGCUUCGAACAGGAGAGCCUGUGAGCAGGCAGUCUUCACAUCCCUACACCACGGAGGAUCUCAUCAAACAGUGUAACUGCGGGGACCUCAGCUCCGUCAUCUUCAGCCAUCACAGCGCCCAGCCGAGGGCCCUUGUCCUCUGCCCAGCUCAGCAGGCAUCUGAACACAAGAACAAAGACCGCCUGUGGACACCUGCACUUCCUGUUCCUAAGGAACUCAUCACUGCUCGGGAGAUUGACAAUUUCCAGGAGCUCAUCUACAAGUGGAAUGAGAGGAUGGGGGAGUGGGUGAAGGCCCUUUUGGAGGAGUUCUCCGACAAAGGCUUUUUCUUUGUCUUUGGAGCUGCUUUGGAGUGA